UCCUACCACCUAUAUAAACUAUAUUAUUACAAUAAAAUUGUUUGCCCCGUUAAAUUUUCAUUCGAUCAUGGUAAAUUUCUCCGAACAAUAAAAGCGAUCGCAGAUCAGGACUAUUGAAAUCAAAUCGUAAAAUAGUUUUUUUUAAUUUUAAUAAUUACACUAAACGACAAAUUAUUAAAAAAAAAUCAUUAAAAACAAACAUUUCCAAUCGUAAAAAAAAGUAUACCGUAAAAACAUUUUUGUUUUAAUUGCUCAUGAAAAGGAACUUUCGUUUAAUUCAUGUUAUUUAUUUUUGGUCUUAAUAAUAAUAAUUUUAUUUUGAUCUACAUUUCUGCCGGCGUUGACUGAUGUAUGGGGUUUAUUUGACACCAAUAAUAAUGACGAUUGAUAUUAACUGAUGGAAGAUCGAACAAGUGUAAAUUCCAACGAGUCCGUCAGUACCAGCGACGAAUAUGAAAUUAUUCCCGAGAACGCAUUAAAUAUAUCUAAUAGCCGACCCGAGUUAAAUAUAGGCGGCAAUGGGGAUUUGGAACAUUUGAAAAAGUGUCUCAACGAGAUAUUAGACGAAGAGGCCAACUACAAUAACUUCACAAAUAACAUCAUGGACGAUAAAGACACGAGCUGUUGCAAUACACAACAGUUGCCGAAGAAUACAGAUUUUGUUUCCGAUAAUCUCGACAUUAUACAAAAAGGCACAAUGUUUGAUGGGAUUUGCUAUCUGGGAUCGGCUAGUAUAACACAACCCAAAGAAAAAACAGAAAUAUUGAGAAUUAUGGCCAUAUUAAACAGGGAACGUGUUUCCGGACAAGAUAUGAAAAUUUCCGUAUCAAUACCAGUGUCGUCCGAAGGAGCUGUAAUCUUGUUUGACGCAACGACCAACACUAUAAUAGCCCGUUAUGAGAUCGAAAGCAUAAUGUUCUAUGCCAAUGGCGUAAACGGUACAAAAGAAGCAUCGUGUUUUGCGUUUAGCUGGGCGCAUGGAGAAAACAAAGAAAAUGCUCUAUACCAAUGCCACGUUUUUCGUUGCUCUAUUCCGGAAGCAGUGAAUCGCGUUUCAAAUUGUUUUGUAAAAGCCUUUCAAAAAGACUCCAAGUCCGUAACGAGUUCUACGUCGCCAGAGUUGGGUUCGAAUAUAACUUUAGACAUGCAAAACAAAAAUGGUUCAAAUGAAAUAUAUAUCUUUGAAGUGAGUUUGGAAAUCAAAGAAGACGAUGGAAAGGGAGGAUUCAUAUCAGUGCCGAGGGAUCGGAAUUUUCUCAAACUACGAGCAAACGUAGAAAAACAAGUCUGUUUAACCAUCAAUCAAGUGGUGUCUGGAACACAGCAGCGAAUACUGCAACUAGAACGAUGUUUUGGCGUUCUCGUUUGUCCGGGCCGUAACGUCAAACAAAGCGACAUGCAACUUUUGGACAUGGUGUCCAUGGGAACUGAUUUAUCGGACACUGACGGAAACAACACUAUUUAUUUGAUCACCGGACACUGGGAUCCUUCGGACAAAGUUUUUGAACCUCUCAAUAGCGAAACUCAAUGUUCUUAUAUUACGGUGGCUGUAGAUUUGGUCAUGCGUAAAAUAAAAGAACCCGUUCGCCUGGCCAUCGAAACUCCUAUCAAAGUGUACGCAUCCAAUGAAAGGUUUUGGGUUUUUGGCCGUAAACAAGUUACCCAUCAGUUUUACUUAAAUUUACAGCAAAUCAACGUAGGCAGUUCCGAUAUUGAAUACAAACUCUUAAACAUCGAUACUUCCGGCGAAAUGGAGAAAAGUCGUCUAAAUCUAACAUUAAACAAUUUGGCCAACUUCAUGCGAUCUCAAAGUAUAAAUACCUUGGAGCUUUCGCCCCCCAAAGACGAAGAUUUAUCGGAUAACGAUGAGCCGCUGGUUAGCGGUACCGGAGACGUUUCGAAAGAGUGCAACGAGGUAGAAUUGGAAUCGUGGAAAGACGUCUUGUUGAAAUGGGUUACGUGUAAAUCUCCUCCUGCUCGCCAACUAGCCGAACUAGUCAAAGAAGGUAUACCCGAAGCUCUACGCGGCGAAGUAUGGUUGCGUUUAGCCAAAGGCGAUUUGGAUCCUAAGCUCAUGGACACUUACAGAAUACUACUCACCAAAGAAUGUGAUUGUGGCGGAACAAUUCAACGAGACAUUCACAGGACGUUUCCGGCUCACGACUUUUUCAAAGAAACCGGCGGCAUUGGCCAAGACAAUUUGUUUCAUUUGACCAAAGCCUACGCUGUGUACGACACUGAAGUCGGAUACUGUCAAGGUCUGACGUUUCUCGUGGCGACGUUGUUAUUACACAUGCCCGAAGAACAAGCGUUUUGUGUCUUGUUAAAACUGAUGUACGACUAUGGUCUUCGUGAGUUCUACAAAGACGGAUUCGAAACGGUCUACUUGAAAUUGUACCAGUUGAAUAAAAUCAUGGAAGAACAAAUACCGCAAUUGUACAACCAUUUCAACGCCAACGGAAUUGAAGCACACAUGUAUGCGUCUCAAUGGUUUCUUACGCUGUUCACAGCCAGGUUUCCGCUUUUCUUCGUGUUCCGCAUCAUGGACGUCGUACUCCUUCAAGGGUUGGAUACCUUGUUCCAAGUGGCGAUUGCCUUGUUACAGUUUUGUAAAAAAGAUUUACUGCAGCUGGAUUUUGAAAACAUCCUGAAAUACUUUCGGGUGACGAUGCCGAAAAAAGUUCGAAACGAAGAAGUAGCCAAACGGUUAAUAAAAAACGCUUGCGCUAUAAAACUAAAAAAACUGAAAAAAUAUGAACAGCAGUUUUUGGCCCUGAAAGAGGCCCAAGAAAGUGCUGAAAGUUUUACUAGUGAGUUGGACCAAGUGAAAAUGACAUUGAAGCAAACCGAGGAAGAAAAAAACCGUCUGGAAGAAGAGCUUGUACGGGUAAAAAAUAUAUUAAAGAAAGAAAUUAAAAAAGCUGACACAGAAAUUACCCGAGACCAGACUAUUAUCAAAGAAUAUAAACAAAUUUGUCAAAGACUAGAUGCAGAACAGGCCUCUAUGAAGGCUGUGAUAAAAUUACUAAAAAAUACGUUGGGCGAAUGCAGUAGAUGCCGGUCGUUCCUCGACACGCCUUUAAUCGGCAACGACGCGUGCUCCCAGAGUGAAGUCGCCACCAGUAACGCGGUAGCCGAAGAAAGUAUACUUACCAAACGCGUUGCCGAGCUUGAAAACGAACUAGCUCAAACCAAACUGGCGUUGGUAGAGUCGGAAUGUCGAAAUCAGGAUUUAGGUCAUAAACUAGGUGUGACGUUUUCCGAACUUCAAGCGUCCAAAAAUACGCUAGCGCCGUGGCUGCAAAAAACGUUGACGUCCAUUAAAGAAGUGGCCACCAACAAGACAAACGAUCAGUUACGCAUGAUAGUGAGCCGAAGAGAUUCGGAACCAAAUCCCCAUUCCUUUGGCAUUUAAUGAAUCGUAUUGUAUUCGAUGAUAAAUUUAACGAACAAAAAAAAAAAAAGAAAA